AUGCGCGAGCAAGAGCCGCCGAGAGCGCGUCUGCACGUCUCUCCUGUAUCACCUGGUGAUGCAGGCGCUGGUCAUGAAGACACUCGUGUCUUCACAGAGUACGAGCUCGGUGUCUCGUACUCUCCUGAUACGGAUGACGGAUCCGUAUCGACGGCAAUUGAAUCCAAGCCGCCUGCCAAGCGUGACAUGGACGAUGCUUUGCGUCGCAGCAUCUUUGGUUCAUCUGAUGAGUCAGAUGAACCAUCGCCGAAGCGAAGGCGCUCGAGGUCGCGAGACUCGGGCGCUAAUAGUGGUGUCGUUUCUCCAAUGGACACCACUUCACAGCGAGGUGCCAGUACUUCUGUCGGCACGUCGCAGGAAGAGCGGGACCGCAAUGUGUUGCGUCUCGCUCCAGAAAAGAAGGCAUGGAUGCCUCCUAAAUCUGUCAUGGAUCACUUGUCGGCGACGACGAGUGAUCGUUAUCGAACACGAUUGUUCGAUUCGUCAAGGAUCCAUCACCUUGACCCCAGCGCGAAAGACUAUCGCGCUGAACAUGAGUUCUUCAUCGAUGCUUUCUUCAGACAUCGAUGGUACAGUGGGAAUCACAAACGUGAUGGUCCCUCACUACUUCAGGCGUGGAACGCCUACAUCCAUAAUCUCGAGGAUGUAGGUCGUGACGCUUGGAACGACAAACUUAUCAAAGCUCGUGAUAAGUUUGAAAAGCGAACCCCGACAGGUGCACGCUAUAAGCUGCAUCGUCUGUCAAGGGAGAAAGGAUUACCCUGCCUCUCUUGGGGAGACUCGUGCCCAUGUUGUGUGAACAACUCUGCACGAGCACCUAAGGAGGCUUACCUCCUUACCAGCCCGUGGUGGCGCGUACGUGUCUCUACUGAGAUGUACGAAGGGAUUGACAACCUGAAAUCCCUUUACGACCGUGCCGGGAAGACUUUCUCCGGCGGUCCUUCUGCGGCACAGGAUGUGUCGCGUCGUACUGCUCGACCAGACCCAGUACGUCAACCAUCAAUUGGGAGCGGGGCUCCCAAGAAUCCCAGGACGGGGGAUAGCCGCGCCACCGGACGAGGUAACUCGUCCGACGUCCGUUCACGUCGCGGUGGUUCAACAGCUGCUCUACUAGAUAGCGCUGGCCACCGCGAGAGUCCUCUAAUGGAGGUGGAGGAGGAGGAAAGACGCUCUCCACACGAUCAUGUGGAUCGGUGUGUUCCCGAGAGCUUUUUGAUCGCGUAA